GGCAGCAUGUAAUCAAUAAAGAUGUCGUAAGUUCAUUUUUUCUUAUUUAAUCACGUAGUAUAAACCUCUCUUUGUGUGCCUUUGUUUUAGAAACCGCCCUUGCUAACUCCGUCCAUUCACUAUACGGAUGAAACAAUUAAUAUUAUGUUAGACUGGAAUGUCGUCGUAUUAGCAAAGUGUGCGGAAGAUGCACUUGCUUUAUGGAUAUCAAUGUUCGACAUAUUCGGGCAGCACAGAGUUCCAACAAGACUGUUGUUUUCGAUGAUUUACAAUGAUAAAAGUGAAACAACCAAAGCUACAAGAAAAACUCUGAACAACUGGCAAAUCCAACUUGAUUCAAUUGUACCAAAAAUAACAAUAAAAUCGAGUGAACAAGAAAAUGUUCCAGCAGCUGCAGCAAUUGCUAUUGCAGAUAAAUUAAAAGAAAACGAUUCAGCGUCGUUAACAUCAGCUACAGAAAAUAGUAACAAUGAUCAACAGCCACCAGCUCCUCCCAUUCAAGUUCCAAAUCAGAAAAGAAAAUUUGAAGAAAUGAUAGAUCAUGAAACUGAAAAUAAUCCACCAGAAGAUCCUCAUCCAAAAGAACAAUCAACAAAACCAGUUCCCGGAAAACGCCAUACAAGUACAUCGAACCAGACAGUGAUUCACAAAACAACAGUUCCGAAGACAACAACACGUCGUAGAAGAAGAUAUUGA